AAAAAAAGAGAAAUGGAGUCUGCUAAAUCAAACAUCAAUGGCCACCAAAAUGUCAUCGUGAUGCGUCACGGCGAUCGGAUGGACCGUUUUGAGCCACUCUGGGCUUCGACCGCUGAAAGACCGUGGGAUCCGCCGCUCAUUCACGACGGCAAGGUUCGAGCCUUUCAUACCGGCCAAAGAAUCAGUUCUCACGUUGCGUUUCCAAUUCACCGUGUCUUUGUCUCUCCUUUCCUACGUUGCAUCCAGACUGCUGUUGAAGUUGUCGCCGGUCUCUCCGCCGUCCCUUCCAUUGAUAACUCUAAGCUCAAGGUAGCUAUAGAGUUUGGAUUGUGCGAGAUACUGAACUCAUUGGCUAUUAAGAGUAACGUUGCUCCCAAAGAUGGGAAGUUUGAUUUCAGCAUUUCAGAUCUUGAAGCUAUGUUUCCUGAAGGAACAAUGGACCAUAAUGUCGAUAUGGUUUAUAAAGAGUUGCCACAAUGGGGAGAAUCUGCGGAAGGCUUCAGGGAACGAUAUGUUAAUACAUUGAAAGUUCUUGCACAGAAGUAUCCUUCUGAGAACUUGCUCUUAAUCACUCAUCGGGGAGGAGUAAGUACUAUACUUUACAAGUACUUAAAAGACGCAACCAAGCGCUUGGUAAAUUAUUGUGGUUGUGUUGACUUGAGAAGAAGGGAUGGGUUUGGUGAGUCUGUGGAUUUCGAGGUGGUUACUAGUCAUGGAGUGUCUUUCAGGGAACACAAUGUUCCAAUACAUGACCCGGUAAUAAGCCAAUCUCCGGUUUAG